AUGUGCAAGCUCACUCUAAUCACAGGUCUCUGUUUGAUCAUCUGCAGCUUUGCAUCCUCCUCCAGGCUGGUGUGUUACUAUAACAGCGAGGCUGAAAAUAGAGCGGAUGAUGGGAAGUUCACAAUUUCAGAUAUCGAUCCAAACAAGUGUACACAUCUGAUCUAUGCCUUUUCUGACAUUAACAACACAAAUGAGCUGGUGCCCAACAAUGCAGCUGACUUACAACGCUAUCAGUCUUUCAAUGGACUCAAAACCAGCAAUCCACUGCUCAAGACCCUGCUGGCGGUUGGAGGCUUGACCUUCAACACACAGAAAUUCAGUACAAUGGUGGCAAACGAACAAGAAAGAACAAAGUUCAUCAAGUCUGCAAUCACACUACUGAGAGCCAAUGGCUUUGAUGGACUAAACCUGGACUGGAGGCACCCUGGGGGAUCUGGAAGCCAAACAGAGGACAAGCAGAGAUUCACACUGCUGUGCAAGGAGCUCAAUGAGGCCUUUGUUGAUGAAGGAACAGCGUCUAACCGUGACAGAUUAAUCGUCACUGCAAGUGUCUCUGCUGAGAAAGCAACCAUCGAUGCCAGUUAUCAAGUAUCAGAGAUUGCCAUGUACCUGGAUUUCAUUAAUGUGUUGACAUUUGACUUUCACGGCCCCUGGGAAAGUGUCACAGGACAUCACAGCCCACUAUACCAGGGAUCCCAAGACACUGGAAACAAAACCUACUUGAACACUGACUAUGCCAUGCGGUACUGGAGGGACGAGGGAGCACCUACACAAAAGCUAAACUUGGGGUUAGCGGCAUAUGGGCGCGCUUUUGACCUGUCCACUGCAUCCAGUGAUGUUGGAGCACCAGCCAGUGGUCCUGGUGAAGAAGGCUGCUACACCGGUCAAGAGGGAUUCUGGGCCUCUUAUGAGACUUGCCUUUAUAUUGAAGAGGUUACUACCGAGCUGAUUGUUGAUCAGAAAGUUCCAUAUGCCACCACAGAAAAUCAGUGGGUUGGAUUUGACAACAAAGACAGCCUUAAUACUAAGGUCAGCUACCUAAAAACUAACAACUUUGGAGGAGCCUUUGUCUGGUCUCUGGACCUGGAUGACACUACUGGACAGUUCUGCAAAAUGGGCAACAGCCCUUUCAUCAGCCACCUUCAUACUCUCCUGGUUCCAGGUUUUCCUAGCCUCAGCACUACAACUCUCCCUACCACAAACACAACAAUCCCCACUACCACAACCAUAAUUCCCACUACAAGGACCACGACAACUACCAUCACAGCUACAACGACAAUGCCGACUACAACCCUCAUCACCACAGCAACUACCCUUACCUCAACCUUCACAAUCUACAAUCAUGGCGACUACCUCAACAACUCCCCCUACCACAACACCCCCUACAACGACCACAACAAUUCUCCCUACCACAACUACAAUCAUGCCCACUACCACAACACUCCCUACAACGACCACAACUACUACACCUACCACAACUACAAUCUUGCCCACUACCACAACAACUCCCACUACCACAACACCCCCUACAACAUCCACAGCUACAAUCAUGCCAACUACGUCAACAACUCCCCCUACCAAUACCAUAACACCCCCUACAACAACCACAACAACUCCCCUACAAUCAUGGCGACUACCUCAACAACUCCUCCUACCACAACACUCCCUACAACGACAACAACUCCCGUCAAUACCGACUACCACAACAACUCCCCCUACAACAUCCACAGCUACAAUCAUGGCGACUACGUCAACAACUCCCCCUACCACAACACUCCCUACAACGACCACAACAACUCCACCUACCACAACACCCCCUACAACGACCACAACAACUCCCGUGACAACAACAACUCCCCCCACCACAACAAUGCUGACUACCACAACAACUCCCCCUACAACAUCUACAACUACAAUCAUGCCCACUACCACAACUUCCCCCUACAACGACCACAACAACUCCACCUACCACAACACCCCCUACAACGACCACAACAACUCCCCAAUACCAACAACCACAACACCCCCUACAACGACCAUAACAACUCCCCCUACCACAACUACACUCAUGCCCACUACCACAACAAAUCCCCCUACCACAACUACAACACCCCCUACAACAUCUACAACUACAAUCAUGCCCACUACCACAACUACAACACCCCCUACAACCAACAAGACCACAACCACAACAACAGCUACUACCACGACUCCCUCUCCUCCUACCAUAAAAAAGCCCACUACCACCACAACUCCCUCUACAACAACCACACCACCCACAACAACACCUCCUACCACAAGUACUCCCUUUACCACAACUUCCCCUACCACUGCAACUCCCCCAACUACAACAAUGCCCACUACCACAACAACUAUACCUACCACAACCACAACAAUGCCCUCUACCACAACAGCUGCCGCUACCACAACCACAACUUCCCCUACCACAACCACAACAAUGCCCCCUACCACAACCACAACUCCUACAACAACUAUUCUGGCGCCCACUACUGUAAUUAA